AUGUUCAAUGUUGGAAGAUGCUUCAGAGUAAGAUAUUAUAAAAAAUAUAACAUUUUACGUGUAAAAACAAGCAGACAAUUUCAUGAAUUCACGAAAAAUAAAAAAACACAGACAAAUGCUCUUAAAAGGAAAGAUAGAAUAAAAAAAGGAAAAGCAUUACAAUUUAAAGAAAAACUAAAGUUAUUCGUUUUUAGUUCCUUGUACUUUUUUACGUGUGAUUAUAUUUACCACGUAUAUGUUUUGAGCGACAGACACAGUGCCAACAAUGCCAAUCGACGUAAUAAUAAUGAAAAGGCUGAAAAUUAUCAGACUAACGAACAUGAUCAUGCUGAGGACAGGGGAGUAGGUAUGGGGAAAACCCUCAUGAACUAUAUCAAUUGGAUGAACAUAUUUGAAACUUCGAAAGGGAAAGACAAGGAAAAUAUAAAGCAUGAGAAUGGUAAUAAACAUAUGGGGGGAAAUGAAAUCCAAGAAAUAAAAGUACAGAAAGGAUCCCAAAGAAAGGACAAAUUUUCAGGAAAUAAAGAAGAAAUAAAAAUUUGUAGUGUAUGUGAUGAUGAUGAUCCAUAUGAAAUAAAAAUAAAUCGAGUAAAGCGAAGUGCAUGGGACCAAGAAAAUAGUAAAGAUGAUGGAAAAGAGUCAGAGAAGAAAGAACAAAUAUAUGGCUAUAGUAUGAGUAGUAAUGGACAAAAUCGUGAUAAUAACAGAAGAAUAGGCGAAGGAGGAACCGCACAGAGAAACAGUAUCGGGGGUGAAGAAAAAAAUAUGAAAGAUUUAAUUGUAAGUAACAUUUACAAAAAUGAUGUUUUCAAUUGGUGUAACUUGUUUUUGUUUGUCAAUGGAAUAGUGUUUUUAAGUUGGAGAUUAAGCGAAAUAGUAGAAAAUAAAAGAUUUUUUUAUUUUAUGUGCAGAAACUUCAUUUGUUCUUAUGAAAAUGUUAAGAGAAAAUAUUACCACACAAUGUUUACAGCUAGCAUUAGCCAUAUAACGCUUCCUCAUUUUUUAUUUAAUAUGUGGGCAUUCCACACCAUAAGUAAUACAUUAUUAAGUCCAGAAAUUAAAGAAAAUAAAAAAAAUUAUUAUUUUUUUUUUAAUUAUAAAUCUAGUGUUUUAGAAAAAAAAAUGACGGACAAUGAUAUAAUGAAAGUUUGUUUUUUAUCGUCCAUCAUUUCAACACUCCCGUAUAUUUUUUUACAUAAAAGGAAUCAACUACUAGGAGCAUCAGGAGCUGUUAUGGGUCUUGUAUAUAUUUUGUCCACAGUUAAACCGAAUGAAGUAUUUGUCUCGUUAUUUCCACUUCCAUAUGUAAAAAUGACGGCCCUACAGUUAUGUCACUUAUCCAUUUUGACAAAUUUUGUAUUUCUCUUUCUUAAAAGAAAUCAUUUCAGUAUUGCUUGGUCAGCACAUUUAUUUGGUUUAAUGGGAGGGGCAAUAUAUAAUAUAUACCAGCGUAAACAAAAUAACAAUAAAAAUUAUUAUCCAUUUAUUCAACUCUCCAUUAAAAAUGGAUCUAUUGAUUACUUAAAUUCAUAUCUCGAUUUUCUAGAUUUUGUCAAAUGUCUACAGUUACAAAUUAGGAUCUUUUUUUCGUUCGAUCCACGUUCUAUGCAAAAUAUGAAUAGGCAAAUUACCUCAAUUAAACAUAUGCAAUCUCAGAGAAGGCUAAAAUAUCACAUGUUGAAGGUUAAAAAUUUGGAAGCCAUGUCAAAAUGA